AUGCUCGCUUACACCCAGCGUAUGCAGCGCGUUUUCCGAGUAAGAGAGCCUUUGAAGAAAGCUGUUCGCCGACAGCAGCAGCUCAAGCUCCUUUACAAGUCAAAAUCGCGACCGGCAGUUGAGGCGGCCCCUCAAAAUGGUCACCCGGAUCCCAACGUCGGAGCUCACCCUUGUCGAUCACCCACCCAUAUUUCCAGCGCGCAUUUUUUUCAUACCCCUACAUCUACGCCGUUCGUAUCGGACUCCCCCUCUGCGUGCGACUUGGGCCGCCUCGUCGUUGCGAACCGAACCCUGCAACACGCCCUUCUUGGCGUGCCGUACGAGUCCAAGCGCCAACGUCAAGCCGCUGAUGCGAUUCAACAUUCGCCGAACAAGUCAUCCGCAGUUGAGACCUUCCUUCUUCUCGCCCAGUCAACCGAUGACGGGAUAACAACACCCACCCUCAGGGCCCUCUCCACCGCGCUGGUGCGGCACCAGGCGCGGGAGCUGUUUGGGGAUCCCCAGGCCUACCACGCCGCCCUGUCCGCCGCGGUCGGCUCCGAGGACGACCGCUGGAGGGCGAUCGACGCGGCUGACGAGCACGUCUUCGCGCUCUCCCAGUGUCGCGCGCUGGGGCGUUACGCCGAGAAGGGCAGUCGCUUCUCCCCGUCUCUGGGGCUGACGGUCGAGGGCGCGGACGACGACGACGUUGCGCGGGUCGCGCACGUGCUGCGGCAGGGCCGCGCGGGACCCUUCCCCGUCCCCACCGACGUGCUCGCGGACCUCGCCCACCUGGACGUGUCGUGGUCCACCGCACUGCGGCUCUGGAGACGUGCAGGCGGGCCGUGCGGGGCGGGCCCUCCUGUGGAAAUGACGGACCGCCUCAUGGCCCUCAUGACAGGGUACCGCAGCGGCGGCAUCGGCUCGCGGCCGUGGCAGGAGGCCCUUCGCCUUUACGAGCGGGCACUGGACUCUGGGGGGGCGAUCUCGCUCACGACGCACACGCACGCCCUGGACGCGCUCUGGCGGAGCGCGGACAGCUUUCACCGUGCACACUACAACGUUGCUCCGGUGGAGAGGGAGAGGCUAUGGCAGGCCGUCAUGCGUGUACGCGCUAAGGUCGAGGACGGCUGCUGCUGUGGACGCUUGCGCAUCGCGGGACCCGAGGGGUGUGCGUACAUGGAGGGCCUUAUCAAGGCUUCCGGUGCUGCGGGGCGUUGGGAUGUGGCGAUAGGUUUGCUGUCGGACAUGGAGCGGACCUCUGGAGAGACCUCAUAUCGCUUGUUAAUACCUACGCCCGAGGCCUACGCCUUUGCGAUGGCCGCUUGUAAUCGUGAAGGCCAUGCAGCACAUUCCGAGGCCCUUUGGUCGAUGUUCGAGUUACACUAUACACUGCGCAGUCUGCACUCCGAGGCAUUGCUGGUCUAUCUGCAGUCGCUUCGAUGUGUUGUCACGUUGACGACAACCGUGGGUGAAAAAGUCGAGCGGCUCGUGCAGGACGGAGCUGGACUCGAUCGACCCUGUACUGUCGCAUGCUUGCAGUUGCUUGCUAGCCAACACGUACGCACUGCGACCAGGAAAAGUGCUCUUGCCGCAGAGCUUUUCCAUUACUACGAUUCGAACGCGUGGCUGCAGCAGCCUCUUGCAAGGAGGAUGGAGCUGCAGUCGGUCUUCCGAAGCUGCUACCUUGUCGCCACAAGCGACGCCAGCAGCGAUUUGAUGAAACGCUUGAAGGAUCACCUCACGCUCACUUUCGGAACCGACGCGCCGGAGCUAGAGUGGUUUGAGGACACGAAAAUAUAUGCCUUGCACACAACGUUGGACUGGAAAGACGCUCUCGAGACCUACGCGAGGCUUGUGGAGCGGCGCCCAAGGCAUAGGGAGAAGUUUCUUCCUAUUCCCGUGAGACAGGCCAGACACAUGCUCGUUCAGGCCCUCCUACGGUGCUGCCACAUCGCAGCGCACUGCGGUAGUGGACAGGACGAUAGGGAUUGCAAUCUCUCGUCUUCUUUUAUGCUUCUGGAAGAGGACGCACAGGAAAAGGCUCGAGAAGAGCUGUUUGCCAUAGCUUCCAGAGGUGUUUUCGAGGUACGGCGUCUGUAUGCUGAAGAUGAAUGCAAUGUGCCGCAUGAAAUGCUAUCCGAGUUGUUACUACUGGAGGCCAAUUAUAGUCCAACAAGAACGCAACGCAAUUCCGGAGGUGUUCAAGCCAUACACCAGCUGGCCUUAGGUCCAGCGGCACGUAUUACAUCGAACUUGAUAGAUCAGAUUUCGGAGAUUUUGUCAUUAUCUGAGGCCCACUUGACAAGCUUUCUGCUGGAUGGUCACCCCAUGGCGCGCGAUACUGCUCUGAGUGCUGCAGACGCUAAGCGUGGAAAGUGGCAAUCAACGCCUCUACUUGAACGAGCUUAUCGGUAA